UAUUGCGUUUUGUAAAAAUUCAGUUCUGAAAUGUUUUCCACUGGAACAGUCAUCUUGUUUGCGCUGAUCACUGUUAUCAAUCACGUGGUACAGUCAGACGCUAAAGGAAACUGUUUAAAUGAUCGAACAGAAACUGUCAUGGAAAAGCUUUUAAAUUUUGUUAAAGAAAUCAAACAAAUAAGUGCAGGCACGAACUGUAGAAACAACACUCAAAAAUCGAUAGCGUUUUAUGCCACAUUGUCAAAAUCAUUGACAGUUUCGGGUUCGGCAACCGUGGUAUUUGAUAAGGUUUUCACAAAUACUGGAGAUGCAUAUGAUUCAAAAAAGGGUAUUUUUCGAGCACCUGUCAAAGGACUCUACUACUUCGACUGUACUUUUUUGUCUGUUGGAACCAAAUUACACAUUAUCCUAAUGAAAGACAACAACAGACUGACCUAUGAACACAGCCAAAAUGACCGAGAUGCAGGUUCGAUAUCUGGUACCCUAUAACUUGAGAUAGGAGAUAAAGUGUUUGUACAGCAUUACCCGACUGGAUCAGAAGUUCUACUUGAGUCAUACAGUAGCUUCACUGGAUACCUGAUUUCCACCUCUGAACGUUAGCAAAACCUUUCAAAACGCAUUUAAUAUAAAAUAAAGUAUGCGACAUAA